AUGAAAAUGAAGAAGAAAGGAAAAGUUUACCCUUCUCCUCCUCCACCAUCAUCUUCCUCUUCUUCUCCUUCGUCUCACUAUCUCAACGAAGACGACUCUCUCUCUGUCUUGAGGCUUCUUCCAGCUACGAUUUUGGUUCUGGUUUCUGUUCUCUCAGCUGAAGACCGUGAAGUUCUCGCUUACUUGAUCACCAGAGGAACCACCAUUUCCGCCAUAGGAAGCUGCGGAAGUAGCUACUCUUCCUCGUCUCCUUCUGUAGAUUCGAAGAAGAUGAAGAAGAAGAACAAAUCUAGCAAAACCCACAAGCCUCCUGUUUUCAAUUGCGAGUGUUUCGACUGCUACACUAACUACUGGUUCCGAUGGGAUUCGUCGCCGAACCGUGAGCUCAUUCACGAAAUCAUCGAGGCGUUUGAGAGUCAUCAUCUCACUACCGGCGGCGGCGAGAACUCGGCUUCCCGGAGCAAAUCCAAGAGAGGUAAGAAGAAAGAGAAACCGAUUCGUACGGUCGCUGAUAAGGAGGAUACACCUGUCGCCGAAGUCGAGGUCGAGCACGAAACCACAGUCUCCGAGAGCCACGUGUCGUCUCCAGAUAACUCGCCGGGAAGAUUGAGUGAAGCUGAGGUGGCGGAACGAGAGCCGCGGGAUGAGAAGGUUGUUGCCAAAGAAGAAGAGGAAGAAUCGACGGUGGUGUUUCCGGCGACUGUGCACAAGGGAUUGGCGAGGAAGGUACUACCGGACGUGUUGGGUCUUUUCAAUUCCAAUUUUUGGAGACUUUGGAAUCCGAACGCGUAA